UUUGCACUCAUGUCAUACAGGGUAUAGUAGACCCCUAUACUCAACCAAAAAAAUCCAAAAUACCGCCAACAACAUCGUUCUUGGCAAAACAAGAGCCCAUAUGGAGCUGGAAAAAUUACAAGCUCAGCUGAAGAGCCAUAUUCAGGAGCACCAGGUAUUAGUGAGACAAAUCAAGUCCGACCCACAGAAUCCCGAUCUUCAGAAGAGACUUAAAGGUCUACAGACUCACAUUACAAGUUUAAGCGAACAACAGAAUCGAGUUGUAAAUCACCUACGACAGGAACUUCUCAAGACCAAAUUUUUACCCAAGAAUGAUUUAUCAAAUUCACAGCAUCAGGAUAGCAAUGGGGAGGUUGUUUCAUCGUCUGUAGGCGGCAAGGCUUCUAAAGUUGUCGUUAAACAGGAACCCCCAGAUACACACAGUCAGGAACCACAGAGAGUCGUAAUGAGAAGUGUGUCUGUAGGGACUCAAAACCUUCCAAAUAUCAAGCCUAAACCAGUAGUUCUUGAUUCAUCACAGAGUGGAUCAUCAUUCUGCAAAAGUCCCACAAGUCCUUUUGGUGUGAAAUCACCUUCCUUUAAUAUAUCACACAGACAGUUCACUAGUUCCAACCUACCUUCUAGUGGCAGUAUGAACAUAGUCACCAUUCACAAGAACCAUGGGGGUGUUGUGACAGUUUCGCAUAGUCGACCAUCAGUACAGAUCACUGGCAACCUUACUCCAAUUCUCCCAAAACCAGUUGUCAUGGAAACUAGUAGAAUAAAGAAAGAAGAGCCACCACCUAUCGACAAAGAGAAACUGGAAUUCAUGUCAGCACUUGGUCUCAUCACUCCACAAACGAUGAUAGAAAUUCAAGCUAAAAGACAAGAACGUAAACGGCGUAGUCACUGUAUUUCUCCAUACAGUUCUCUUCUCUUAGAACCUGAGCCAAAGAAACUUAAUAAUCGUUUGAUAAUGCUGCCUGUCAAGCGAGGAAGGGGGAAAAGAAGCUGCAUCCAGUUGUGACACCAUGGCAUGGCCUGGUAUGUUAAAAGUAAUACAAUCAUACAUGGCUCACAAAACAGGAACAAAUGCAAACCAAGAGUGAACUGUCCACAUCCAACAAAAUGGCCAAAAACUCUGUAGACAAACUGAUCCAAUUUAUUGAGCUCGUCCAGAGUUUAUGACAGAAUUGACACAGAACAAUCAUAAUCACUUUAUCUAUCAUUUACAAGCAGCUUUACUAUUUAUUAGCGUUGUUACCAUGGUGAUAGCAUGCGUAGCGACGCUAUGUCAAUUAUCUUCACCGGCCGGUACGCAGACUACCCAGCUGGAUGGAGCAGAAUCCCAUAAUGCAUUGGAAUCGGUCAUGAUUUUUUUGUUCCUUUGUGAACAUUCUCACCGGUGGCUUGUCUUACGUGUAAGAAUAUGUUAUGAUUUAUUGAAAAACGUUGUUGCCUCCGAAUUGGCUGCUAGAACAAAAGGCCAAAAAAUAGCCAUUCACUGAAACUCCUGGGUUUUUUGAGACUUCGUGAUUUAUGUAAUGCGCAAGUCAGAUAUUUCGGACAGCGGUUUUCUUGAUUAAUCAGUGAUUCAGCGGUCUUGUUUCAUGUGUAAGUCAGAGGGACGCUGGUCUUUCCGAUUCUUGCGCAUGUCAGGUCUGAUGGACUAAUGAAAUUUAAUUUUCAAGAGCAAAGCACGAUGGGAGUUAAUGAUUAUGAAAUACCGAGUCGUUCAUUGGUUUGUGUGUUGUGUACCACAGGCAGCCCAAGCUUGUAUGAGUGAAUCGUUAUUACUAUAAAACAUUGCUUACCUUUCGUUGCCUUAAUAAUAAAAAUAGAGGUAACUUUC